AUGAGCUCAGUCUACAAAUUCACCGUCUGGCGCGGCCAGAAGGACGGCAGCAUUGCAGAAGACACCACUGAGCGCCCCGCCCUCACUGGUGAUCAGGUGUACAUAAAUGUUACUCACUCCGGCGUCUGUGGCUCUGAUCUUCACUGUAUCCCCUUCGGCAUAGCUCUGGGCCAUGAAGGUGCUGGCGUUGUCGAAGCUACUGGACCCGAGGUUAAGAGCUUGAGGGUCGGUGACCGCGUCGGCUGGGGCUAUCCCUUCGACAGCUGUGGUACUUGUGAGAAGUGCAUGGACGGCUACCCGACCAUCUGCGAUACCCCGGUCUACUAUGGAACAGCUAACUUGGACUCUGGAAGUUUCGCCACUGGAGCCAUCCGCAAGGAAUCCUUCGUCUUCCGCAUUCCCGAUAACAUGCCAUCCGAGCAAGCCGCUCCCCUGAUGUGCGGUGGUAUCACCGUCUUCGCACCCCUGAUGCUCUGCGGUGUCAAGCCCUCCGACACCGUCGGUAUCGUCGGUAUGGGAGGUCUCGGCCAUCUGGCCAUCCAGUUCGCUCGGGCUAUGGGAUGCGAAGUUGUGGUAUUCAGCCAGACGGAGUCCAAGAAGGAGGAUGCAAUGAAGCUCGGCGCCUCGUGCUUCGUGACGACCCGUGGCAAGACGGACCUCACCUCCGACGUCUCAAGCAAGGUCCACCACCUCCUUGUCACCACCGCUGAGUUGCCCGACUGGGAUCUGUUCUUUCCUAUUCUUGCCAAGGGCUCUGCUAUUUUCCCGCUCACCGCGACCGGCCCCGAGGCCCAGCUUGCGCUGCCUCACAUGAAGUUUCUUGUCAACGGAGCUAAGGUUCAGUCGCCGAUGCCCUCCAAGAAAACCUACUCCGAUAUGCUCAAGUUUGCUGCGCGAAAUAACAUUCGCGCUAUUAUUGAGUGCGAGCCGCUGUCGACUGAGGGUAUCAACAAGACUCUCGACAGACUUAAGAGGGGCAAUGUCAGAUACCGUGGUGUGUUGUGCAAGCACUAG